CCAGGUGGAGGGAGUCUGAGGCCAGCAGAUGAACAAACAGAGGCUGAAACAUCUCCAACAAGGAUGAGUGAGAGGUUCCCAUGGAACUGGAGCCCGGGUGGCUGGCUGCUGGCAUUGUGCGUGGCCUGGCUGUGGACCCGCCUGGCCUCGGCUUCUCUGCAGCCUUCACCUGCCACAGUCCUCGAAAAGCAGGGCACGUGUGAAGUAAUUGCUGCUCACCGCUGCUGCAACCAGAACCGCAUCGAGGAGCGCUCUCAGACUGUCAAAUGCUCCUGUCUUUCUGGCCAGGUGGCUGGCACUACACGGGCAAAACCUUCCUGCGUGGAUGCCUCCAUUGUCCUGCAGAGGUGGUGGUGUCAGAUGGAGCCCUGCCUGCCUGGGGAGGAGUGUAAGGUGCUCCCCGACCUGUCAGGAUGGAGUUGUAGCAGUGGACACAAAGUCAAAACCACCAAGGUCACCCGAUAGCUCUUGUGGGGAAUCAUGGCUGGAUGGAGUCCUAGACUGAAGAACAAUAUCCAGUUUUUAGCCAGC